AGUGUUUUUCGUAACGUUGCCCAAAGAGGACGCGUUUAAUUUCCAUUACAACGUGUAUGUUAUCGCUUCAAAAUACGCGCCCACUGGCAAAAUACGAAUCAACGUAACAAAAUCGUAUAGGAUAACCGAAAAUAUUUAACGAUAAUUACGUGAAAAAUCAGCAAAUCCACAAAGAACGAAGUGACAGUGGAAAAGAGUUUUGAUUCAAACAGAUAAGAAAAAAAAACCUUAGAACGAAACAAGAACCAAAAUUGACAAAGAAAAAAAAAUGUAAAAGAAUAAAACAAACUGCCCAAUCAGACAAUUUUGAUUAGUGUAGAUUUUAUGUCUGAAAUCGUGCGUGAUAAAUUUGAAAAUUAGUUCGAUUUAUGGGUGUUCAUUGUGGGAGAAGAGAACCAAAGCAAUUUCAGUUAUUUAUGAUUUAGUUUUUGCACGGUUGCCAUCGUGUCAGUUGCCGAUCGUCGACGGUGAACAACAGAAAAAAAACACAGUGAUUUUCUUGAUAUUUUUCUCUGUGUAAGAAAAAACAAAACAUAACAACUCACUUGUGCAAAGAGCAAAAAUCGAAUCAGUAAAUCGCAACCAAAUCAACAGCAAAUACAUACCAGCCACAAAUUCCACGGAUCAAAUCACGCAACACAGCAAAUAUAUUUUUUUUCUUGUUGCUGUUUAUUUAUGAAUUUUUUUUUGCCGUUGAUUCCAUUUUUUUAUUCGUCGUCGUUGCACCGAACGACCAUCGAUUCUGCUCCCAUUUGAAGACACAAAUCGCGCAGGAUAUAUACAUUCUUACGUUAUCCGUUUGGAAUUUCAUUCUCGGUGUGUUUUGUUAACCGUUUUAUUUAUUCUAUGUUUGCGUUUACCAUUCUGUAUACACACAUAUCGAAUGGACUGUGCUAAAGAAAUCGAGUACAAUCGAAGAGCCAAUAUCCAAUCAAUACAAUUACGGAGGAAAAGAAAUCAGUUUUUCGUUUGAUUUUGUGUUUGUGUGUGUGUGUUUAUGAUAUCGAUGGAAGAAAAAUAGCCGAAAGUGAGUGAAGUUAUUUUUUAAUUCAAUCCAAAAUCGACAACAGCACCAAAAGAAAAUAAACUACACGAAUCAACAACAGUAAACGCAAUUUUUCGUCGUAUGCCCUUUCUCUUGAGAAUUCUCCACUCAGUGAAGUAAAACGGUUCAGGUGCAAGUUGUGUGUCAUUUUAUUGUUUCGAUUUUUUGAAGAAUUAAAUCAUUGUGAACAAAGAAACAAAUUGAAACGCGAUUAGUUGGAAAAAUAAAAGCAUUUGAUUUAUUUUCGGUGUGCCCAUCGCGCUGGAUUACGUUCAUCAGUUUAUCAUUUCUGAGUUUAAGUUUGUUUUGUUUCGAAUUAUUCUCUUUUUUUUCUUCGCUUUUGCCUACGUUUCAUUAUGAAAAAUUUGAUUGGUAUCAUAAAAAUUGAAAAAAGCGAUCUAAAGAGCGAAGAAAACGAAUGAAAAUAAAAGAAGAAGUUGAUUUCGAUUCAUUUUAAUUGGGAGAUAAAAAGUAAAACGACCAAAUUUGGUAUUGUGUGAACAUAUAUAGCCGAGAAGAAGAAAAAAAAUUUCGUGUGAUUUUCGAACAAAACCAACAGUGAAAGAGAAUAAGAAUAACAAAAACCGAAAAAAAACCUACAACAUCAUCGAUCGAGUGUGUUUGAAUAUCUCAACCGACAUUUUAAAACAAAAAUGCUAAUCCGCAUCUAGGCCUGACACGCUAACAUUUGUGAACAGAAAUAGAAAAAAAUAAACCGAAUUCAAUUGAAUUUUCUGUUUUAGAAUCGACCGAACGCAUCAACUCAUUUCAAAUGCGCCAUAAAAUUGUGUGAACACGUAUUUUCCGUCUUUUUCGUUUCGUCCGAAUCGGCGCUUUGAUUCAUUGAUUGUUCUUCUUCGUUGGAAGAAGGGCUUCAAUCAACGGCCGAGGAAGCAGAAAGCAACCGGAGCAGAAUUUUCCAUUACACAAUCGUUUCAAUUUUCUGAUGUGGAAAAUGUUUGACAACGAUUUUUUCGAAUGUGGUGACGAUGCUUGCGAUGGACCCGGACCACCGCCAAAAUUCCAUUUGCCACCACCACCGCGGCCACCAUUUAUGCAAGACCUAAACGCUGCCCUUGGUACAACCAUCGAGUGCUCAGAGGAUGGACUCUUCGAUUUGGAUGUUUGUGCUGCCAUUCCGAAUUUUGAUGCCAACUUUCGAAACAAUUCAAUGCUGCAGACAUCAGCAAUAAUUGCUGUUUGUUCAAUUUUCGUGCUAUUAGUCAUUCUAUUUUCAUCGCUGUUCCUAUGGAAACACAAAAGAAAGAUGACAAACUUCUGGCCGUGCAAAUCGUUGCCGAAGCGUAACGGACAUUUGGACACAAGUGGAGUUUCAACUGGCCAUUCAGUUGCAUACGAAGACCCAGAUGCACAUCUACAUCAUCAUCCAUUGGUACGGCAUCAUAAUAUGGAGAUGUUGCACCCAAAGACGAUUCAUUUUCCAAGUGGAUACCCAAUUUCGCGUUCACCGCCAGUAUUUGUGUGUGCAUCGCCCGGUCCCGAUCCAUACCGUUCGUUGGAUAACGUCUAUGAAGAGUUGGGGCCACGUGAUUCCGAUAUCGAAAGUGAACCGCGAGUGCAGUCGGAUGAUGAUUUUGCUGAGGAUGAACUGAGUUUGAAUGGAGGCGCCGCACAACCAUAUCACAUUUCGUCAUCGGUUCAGGAUGGUGUCUUGACUACGGCAAACAAUACAUCGAUUCCGAUGGCAACAUCCACCUCAACGUGUGCUGCCAUCUCGCAGACAAUACCAUCGAUAUCGAGUCUGUACAACGAAUGCUUGAAUAGCGCAGGCAAUGCAAACCACAGCAGUGAUAAUAACAAUGGGGAUAAUAGUCACAUGAAUGGCAAUCCAAACGAAAUGGAGCGCAAUUCAAACGAUAGACACUCGUUGCUUUCGUCAUCAUCGUCGUCCGCAUCAACGGCACCGGUGAAUGACGGUGCGGCUGGCAAUAGUAAUAGUUCGUUUAGUAGUGGUCCAACACGAAUCGCUAGUCCUGACAGUGGUUUGGCGUUACGCAAUCGCACCAAACGAAUGCGAAACGGUGGCAAAAUGACACCAUCACCCAGCGAUGUGCCCACAAAUCGUAAUAUGCACGAGAACGGAAGCCACGAUGACACAUCGUCCGAAUCGAAUCAUUUGAUGAAUCAACAUCCGUAUUUCAGUCAUCAAAGUCAAAGCUACAAUCAAUAUCGAAGUAACAAUAACGUAGAAAUAAGCCAUAGCAACUCAAAUAACAGUAGCAUAAGCAAUCAAUUGAAUAGUGUAAAUAAUAAUGUGAAUAGUCGAAAUGGAAGCGGUGCAAUGUCAACCAAUGUUGGUCAAAUCAAUGGCACAAACAGUGAUGUUGAACGUCACAAUCAAAUCAAUAAGCAGUUAUCGUCAUCGGAACAUCCGAUGAUCCCGAAAUUUGGCGGCAAUCGAUCGGCCGUGCCCACCAAUUAUCAAAGUCAAAUGGCACAAGAGCAAAUGAUUUCGACCAUUUUCCCGGGCCGUUUAAUCAAUAGCAAUUCGAAUUUAAACAAUUAUAAUCGCAUUCAAAUGCAAAAUCAAUACUAUUCACCGAGCGAUAAUAUCCGUUGUCCGGCAAAUGGUAACAGUCGUUCGCGUACCAAUCCGCGGUCAUCGCGACACAGAGCCACCGGCAGCACGCUGCCAUAUUCCUAUCAAAAUGACAACACUUACAGCUAUGCCGAGCCAGUGUUUCACGAAGAUAUGGCCAGUGCGUGUGCACCACCGCUGCAUGGCGCCUAUCGAACCAUUUCUACAUCAAAUCGUCGCCCGUAUCAUUCAAACCUACACUCAUCGCCAUACAUGCCGAACUAUCAGAAUUUUAACGAACGCGAUCCAAGGCAUGCACGCAGUAGAAAUCACAUUGGAAUUCCAUCCACUUCAACCGAAAUGGGCCAUAUCCAACCAAUCUACUCGCACGAUUCAAGUUUCGGUUCGGAUUCCGGCUACAGUCAAUACACACACAACAGCCGAUCGAAAAGUGAUGGCAGCAAUUCGGCGCACAGUGGCAGUAGCAAUGGAAACAAUACCACGGUCACAUUGUCGAAUAUGUUCUCUUGGGCACGGCGCAAAGAACAACAGCAACAGUCAAAUCGAAAUAGAAACACUAACGGCAAAUCGAUUCCACCGAUGCGAAGCUCCUAAAAUUUGAUGUGAUAUCAAUAAGUUUGGCCAUAGAAAUGAUCAUUGAAAAUGACACUGCGAUUCCAAAUAUUUAACACAAAAAUUAAAAUCCCCUAAUUUUAUUCGAGAGAAAAAGAAAUGUUGUAAAUAAUUUCUAAAGAAAAAAAAAGUUGCGUAUUAAAAUGCAAUCAUUGGAACAUCCAAGCAAAAAUUAUGUGAAAAUCCAUUGAAUUUGUUGGAAAUAGAAGAAAAAAUAGCAACUAUCAUUGAAUUUCAUGAGAUCAAUGUGUUUUUGUUUCGGAUUGGAUCAAUGCAUAUGCAUAACAGAUUAACAAUUAGUUUGUAUUAGUCGUGAAAAACGAAUGAACGAACGAGUCGUCGAAAUGUAAAAUGUUUAACAAAAAUAAGCGACAUAAAUUAAUCCAAGCAAGUAAACAAUUUGUUCGACAAUUGCCAUUAAUUUCUAUAAGAAAGAGAGAGAUAAAAACAUCAUUCAUUAGUAUUUAGCAUACAUAUAGAGACGAACUUUUAACUAUUUAGAUUCUGUACAUUCUGUCUUAUGGUUCUUGUAUAUUCCUAAUAAAACAAGCAAACCAAUCGAAUUAAAUGCGAUUGUGUUGCGACCUACGUAAGUUUCUUUCGGAACGAUUGUGAAUAGAAAAAAAAACAUAAUAUGAAUAAUAAAAAAAAUGAAUGAAUUCAAAGCAAAUAAAAAAACGAAACGAAUUGAAAUGAAAAUGCACGCAAAUGUUAUUUCUGAUACAUUUUUAGCUUACCGAAAUGAAGAUGAGAAGAAACAAAACGAAUUCAAGCGCUAAUUUUAGCCUCUAAAAAUUAGAUUAGAAUUUCAAAGUUAUGUAUCAUAAAACUGAAAGAACACACACACUAACUAACUUAAAGAAAACUGUAAACAUGUGAAAAUCUGUGAUUUGUUUGAUUUUAAUUUUGUUUUAUUGAUACGGUAAUGCUAAUCAAGUAAUUAGAUGAACGAAAAGCAAAAAAAAAAAAUAAUUUCUCGACUGUUCUCACACGCGCUUCUGUCCAUAAAUAACAAACUUUAUCGUUUCACACAAAGACACACACACACACACACCGACGUAUCAGUUUGUCCAAGUCGACAUAAAUGUUGUAAACUAAAGGCAAAACGAAAAACGGAGCAUAGAAUACAAUAUUCAACUGCAAUUCAAUUCAUUAAUCAUAAUCGUUGUACCGAUCCCAAUAUAUUUGCCACACACAUUUUUUUUUACUACUUCAUUUUCACAUCAUUUCGAAGACAUUUGCUUUUCAUUUUAAAUCCUAUUGUUUUAUUUUCAUUUCGACAACAAUGUUCUAGUUCGUAAGCGUAAUUUUAACUUAACUAUGAAAGAAAUGAAGAAAAGAAAAACCUGUAAUUAACAUUUGUAAGGAUUCGAUUUUUUGUCCUAUUUAUUUAUGAAAUUGUUUUUGAAUUUUCGUCCAAUUUUUUUUUCCUUAAAAAAAUGGAAUAGAAAAAUUAUUUAUGCAAACAAACGAAAAACCAAGCAAAUAAAUAAAAUUUUCAAUUAAAUUAAA